UCUUCCUUUACAAGCACUAUCGGAAGGAUCGUUGACACUGAAUUAGUACCCCUAAAAGAUUUUCGAGAGAAAAUUAAAUAAAUAUAAAUUUACAACUUCCCUUACUUCAAGAAACCAUGGCAGCUAUGGUUCCUUUCUCUCUUCUUAGGAACUACUCGCAACUGGUGUCGGCAAGAGCUUUCGUCGUAAAACCAAACAACUUCAAUUUCUCCAAAUCCGUUCUUCCUAUUCAAUCUCGCAGGUUACCAUUUAGUGCCAGUGCUGCAAACAAUGAACAAGCUGCAGCCAAAGCAGCUGCUGUUAAUGCUGAUAGUGGAGCACCAACAAUAUUUGACAAGAUCAUAAAUAAGGAAAUCCCUUCAAGCAUUGUAUAUGAAGAUGAAAAGGUCCUAGCCUUUCGGGACAUCAGUCCACAGGCUCCGGUGCAUGUUCUGGUCAUUCCAAAAUUCAGAGAUGGAUUAACAGAACUUGGGAAGGCUGAUGCUAGACAUGAGGAAAUAUUGGGUCAGCUUCUCUAUGCCGCCAAAAUAGUCGCUGAGAAAGAAGGUAUCCUUGAUGGAUUUCGUGUUGUUGUCAACAGUGGUGCGAGUGCCUGCCAAAGUGUGUAUCAUCUGCACUUGCAUGUCCUAGGUGGGAGACAGAUGAAUUGGCCACCUGGUUGAAGGUUGAAAGUUAAUCAUUGUUGAUUCCUGCGGAGCUUAGAAAUAGGUGGAAUGUUUUUUGUUAUUGAAACACCUAAACUUAUCCCGCUUUGUGGUUGUAUUAUGUUUUAAACUAUGCUUAAUAUGAGAGGGAAAAGAGAGAGAGAGAGAACUCUGAAUGAACUACAUCAGUAUGCUCAUGUAGAAGUAAGGGAUUACACGAAAUGAAAUAGUGGAAACCGUAACAUAGAACAGUGGUGUGAUGAAAGUCAUGGGGGGUCGGUUGCCUCUUUUUCAGAAGAGUUUCCAACAAGUUCAGUCUCUAUCUUUGAGUUCAA